CAUUUUCUCCCAAUGCAUCGUUUUACCUUUCGAAACUGUGACAGAUGAUGGAGUAAAUGAUCGCUAAGCCUUGAUUUUCUUGAGAACAGAGCUUUCCAUUGAUUUCUAAAUGAAUUAUUAGAAGCUUGAUAAUAACUUCUCGCCUUUGAAUGUGAGUGGCUGGUGAUAACAGUUAUUAUAUAGGUUUAAUUUGACUCCAGAAUUGAUUAUAUAGAUGCUAUCGCAGUUGUUGCAAUGGAGUCAAGUGAACACAAUAGCAGACAACGGAAACCUAAACGAAAAGAGAUAUUGGAAAGGAAGAAAUCUCUCAAUCAAUUAAUUGAAGUUGCUUCUAUUGAGAAGGACUGUCUUGCUUACUUCCCGACCUUUUGCCAAUUCAAUAGAAAUGGGAUUUCGGUUUAUCUGGAAUCAGGCAGUGGAGAUAAACUCUCAUUGUCAUUAAAGCGAGACUUACAAAAGCUCGUUAAGGUUAAUAUGGAGAGACAUUAUGGUUCUGAAUGGGUUAUUGAAGAAAAAGUGAAGCGAAGAGAAAUGAUUGCUCUUGAAGCUCGAUAUAUCUUUGUGUAUGAGGCUGCAAGUAAUUCUAGUGAGAAUAAGAGGGUCUUAGAUGAAGGGAACCAAGCAUUGGUAGGAUUUGUACAUUAUCGGUUUACUCUUGAAGAAGAGUUACCAGUUCUUUAUGUCUAUGAAAUUCAGCUUGAGUCUCAUGUUCAAGGGAAAGGAUUGGGGAAAUUUCUAAUGCAACUAAUUGAACUUAUUGCUCAUAAGAGCUGCAUGAGUGCUGUAGUCUUAACUGUCCAAAAAGCAAAUGCAGACGCUAUGGAUUUCUAUACAAAUAAGCUUAGAUAUAAUAUAUCAAGCAUUUCUCCAUCUCGGAUGGGAAUUAAUAAGAAUUAUGAAAUUCUUUGCAAAGCAUUUGAUAAUGAAGCUAAAACCAUUUUGGAGGAAAUUGAACCAGUACGAUAAUGAUGCAGGUGCGACAGACGUAUCUUUAGAAAUGCUGAUUUAAAUGUGGAUGAUUGAGUUGGCUCUAACUUACGUAUUAGUGAUUCCAGGAUGGUGUCCUCUAAGUUCAAUUCUUAUAUGCAGGUUAAAUAUUGUUCUAAUUUACACAUCAGCUAAAACCAACCAACCUAAAAUAACACUGAAAUGUAAAUAAUUCUGCCCUUUCCGGGCUACAAACAAUUAUCUUGACAAUUUAUUUUUA